CCCCAAAAUUGAGGACAACACACGUCCCACGUGUUUCCACUGUCAAAACUCGUCUCCGAAUUUUCGUAGUCACUUCACUUGGCUUCACUGAAAAAUUGAGAAAUCCACUGCCCCGAAUAAUCAAUUGACUAGCAAAAAUGUCGACAGUAAUCAGUGAGAGUCAGUUCAGUGACGCGAGUGACACGGAGGACCCUAGGAAUCCCAGUGUCCACUCAUCAAUUGGCAAGCCAGCAUGGCUGCAGGCCCCUCCCGACCCCCAGGCCCCCCCAGACAUGGCAGACCUCGGCCUGGGGAACUCGAGCGAGGGCGACGACUGCCUGGACCUCAGCGAGGACGAGUGGGACCUCGAGGAGUCCUCAGGCCCCAACAGGCCCAGGACCCAGUCCUCCCACUCAAACACUCAAGCAGCCUCCAACAAGGUCUCCAGCUUCCAGCCCUCGGACAAGCUUUUUCGACGCUACUCCAACAAAAUUAAUAUCGAGAAGUACGAGGGCCCCUCGCUGCCCCACGGUGCAGCCAAUGUUCUCAUCGAGAACAACAAGAAAUGCGAUAAAGACAGAUUACGACGCAAAGACAAGCACGAUCGUGCCACUGUCGAGCAGGUGAUGGACCCCAGGACUCGAAUGAUCCUCUUCAAGAUGCUCAAUCAGGGGAUCAUCAUGGAGAUCAAUGGCUGCAUCUCCACUGGGAAAGAAGCUAAUAUUUAUCAUGCAACGUCGAAGACUGGCGUCGAGUUUGCCAUUAAGAUUUAUAAAACUUCGAUUCUGCAGUUCAAGGACAGAGACAAGUACGUGACCGGUGAAUUCAGGUUUCGUCACGGUUAUUGCAGACACAAUCCCCGGAAAAUGGUGAAGACGUGGGCAGAGAAGGAGAUGAGAAACCUGAUAAGACUCAAUCAAGCUGGUAUCAAGAGUCCAAAGCCAAUUAUGCUGAGGAGUCAUGUUCUGCUGAUGGACUUCAUUGGGAGCGAGGGUUGGCCUGCUCCCAAGCUCAAGGACGUUCUCCUGAAGUCAUCAGCCCCCAGAAAGCUGUACAGAGAGUGUGUGGAGAUGAUGUGGAGGCUUUACAAUAAAUCGAGACUCGUUCACGCAGAUUUGAGUGAAUACAAUCUGCUGCAUCACGAGAAUUCCAUUGUCGUUAUCGACGUGUCUCAGGCAGUGGAGCACGAUCAUCCGAUGGCCCUGGAGUUCCUCAGGAAGGACUGCAAUAAUAUCACGGAGUUCUUCAAGAAGAACGGGGUCGCUGUGAUGACGGUCAAGCAGUUGUUCGAUUUCAUCACUGAUCCCACUGUCUGUGAGGGGAAUAUGGAUGAUUACCUGGAUGCUGCUGCUGAGAGGACUGCCAGGGAGGGGAGGGGGGAGGUUGACCACGAGCGGGAGGUGGAGGAGGAGGUGUUCAAGCAGGCGUAUAUUCCGCAGAAUCUUGCACAGGUGAUCGAUGUAGAACGAGAUAUCAAACUAGCCAAAUCUGGAACCGACAAUUUAAUAUACAAAACCCUAGUUGGUCUCCGCGCAGACUUGAAAACAGCGGAAAAACCUGAAAUUCUUGAUGAACAUUCAGAAAAUAGUGAGGAUGACUCAGACGUCAGUGAAGACGAGUCGAGUGACGAGUCAGGGGGGGAAUCAAAAUUCGUUAAUGCAUCGAGGCCCAAGGACGAAACCCCAGAAGACAGAAAGUUGAGGAAAAAAGCAGUGAAAGAGCAGCAGGCAGAAAAAAGAAAGUCAAAGAUAAAGAAGCACGUGAAGAAGAGGAAAGAGAGGAUUCAGAAGAAGAAAUAAUGAGUAAAUUUUUUUUUAUUAUCAUUUUUUUUUCAAAUAAUUACUUCAUGGAGGUGAGGGCAUUACCAUGUACUUCACGGGAGUAAAAUAAAGUGAGAAAGAAUGACGUUAUAAGUACACUUGGGAGUUGCCUCAGAGAAACAGUUCUUUAGGCAAUUGUUCACGUGUGGGAAAGCUCGGUUGUGUCCCUGGUUUAAGUACACUCUGUCUGGCAACUUGACAGGCUCUACUGAUCUGUUCCUUCAGGGAUAACUGAGGGUAGUAAGCCAGGAAGAACCCUAGAGCCCCCAAAAAUGCAUCUCCAGCCCCCUAAAAACAUAUUGAAAGAAAUGUAUUCAUGAAUUCAUGAGGAAAUGUUAUUUAAUCUAGCUAAUUUCAUUUUUAGACAAUGGAAUGAAUGAAUAAUAUUCGACAAUAGUAAUUAAUAUCGGAAUUGAUUAUUAAAAAAUGUGUUUUCAUUUUAUGCUUAAUUAAUCAAUGAGAUUAAUCACUGAGAUAAUCAGAGAAACGUAAAAUAAGAUUGUAGAAUUUAAUUAUUCAGUUUUAUCACUGAUUUUAAUCGUGUUAUUUUGACAUUACCGUUGUGUCUACAGGGGUGACAGGCUCCACUGGUACAUGGGUUAAGGUUUGAGAUAUUUUAGUUGCAAAAACAGCACCAGAAGCACCUAAUGUUAUUAUGACAGUGUUACAAUCCUUUUCGAAGAGAAUAUUCAAGGCACUUUGGACAUUUUCCAGGGUUAGACGGUCGAUUCCUGUCAUGAGUUCUGCCUGAA